AUGAAAAUAGUGGUUAUCCUUAUUGGCGUUAUUCCAAGAAGCCAAAGAUGUCGUGUGAAAAGCGUGAUCAAGAUCGGUGAGGGGACCUUCAGUGAGGUAUUUGCUUGUCGUCAGGAGAACGUAGCGAUCAAGCUCUUUCCAAUUGAAGGCUCCAAGAAUGCAAUGGAGGUCAUUUCUGACGUAAUUGCAUCUCGGGAGGUCACUCGUCUUACGCGCGGCACACUCGACAAGACGGAGAACUUUGCGCAGCUUAAGCGAGUGAGCCUUCUGCACGGCAAACUGCCCGCGUACUUGAUCAAGGCCUGGGAGCAUUUUCGUCGGUUAAAAGGAUCUGAAAACGAUCACCCUAGUAAGCACCAAAAUUCCACCGGCCCUUUGGAAUUUCAAAUGCCGUCGUGUCCUGUUGCCCGACUGUCCAUAUUCACCCAGACUGCACUCGCUCUGGCCGUUGCUGAGCGCAGGCUUCGGUUCGAACACAGAGAUCUUCAUUGGGGUAACCUGUUGAUCGACUAUGUCAACAAACCGCUUUUCCUCGACCUUUCCAAGGAUCAGGAGUUGUUCAGUGGCGAUGGUGACCCUCAAUUCGAAAUCUACCGCCGAAUGCGACAAGAGGUUGGGUAA